AUGGAUGACAUUUUAACUGUCAACUGGGGAGUCGCUGGCGAUUCACUAAGUAUCGUAGGCAGCCGUUUAUCGAUAAGUCCUGCCACUGAGGAUGGGCUGACGGAACUGGAAUUAACUCAAUUUGAGACGUAUCAACUAAUGCUGCCAAAUGGUCGGUAUGAAUACACGUUCACACCGAUCGCACCAGGCACGACCUAUACAAUUACUGUCGAGAUAACGGAUACUGUCGGUGUGGUCUCAGAUACCAUAAUCAUUGUUAGUGAAGAUAAAUGUGAUGACGCGGGGUAUCCUUGCGAAAACGGUGGCACAUGUUGGGACGACGGUGUCAAUUACCAUUGUUCAUGUACUGCAAGCUGGACUGGAACGAACUGCCAGUCUCCGAAAGAUCCGUGUGAUCCAAACCCUUGUGAAAAUGGCGGUUUCUGUAUAGAGCAACCGGGCGAUUACAUUUGCAGUUGCACUGAGGGCACAGCUGGUAAAAACUGCGAAACACUCGUAAUGGUCAGAGUUGAGGAGUCAACAGUCCGCGAAGGGUGUUUGAGUGCUGACAUCGCGUGGGAGCUGCAGACUGUCGGGCUUAUGCCUGAAAAAUACGAAGUUUGGGGAUAUGAAUUACUGUUUGGCGUCUCAUUUAUCAGAAUGCUAUGCCAGACUAAUUAUCCACUGUCAGGUAGUGCAGUUACUGCUGACUGUCACGUGACGGGACUAGAGCAAAGAACAACAUAUGUAUAUUACAUUGACAGUAUCCAUAGCAACGAACCUGAUCCAGAGAGAUCUGAUGUGUGGACAUUCACAACAACAGAUACGCCAGCCUUUAUCGACUGCCCAAGUGACGUACCAGUACAUUAUUGUGAUGACGGGAGUGGUCAGACUCGAGUGUACUGGGAGGAACCGAGGACAGAGUGCGCAGGUGCAACUGCCUUCACAUCCAAGUCACAUGUUCCAGGGAUGCUAUUCGAUGUUGGAACAACUCUUGUAACAUAUCAGCUAAUUGAGUCAGCUGCAGUACAAGACACGUGUGCAUUCUCUGUCACAGUACAAGAAAGAAAAAUGUGUAAUGGUUACGGGGAUCCACACUUGAUUACGUUCGAAAACGACAUGUACAGCUAUCAAGGGGAGUGCGAGUAUUACCUGGUGUUAUCAGAUACGUCACUAGCGAAUCCGAUUAAUGUCACGUGUUUGACGGAGCCAUGGGAAGGAAAUGUUGGAGCAAGUGUCAUUAGAGAGGUUUACGUGAGCGUUUAUGGUCAGGUAAUAUCCUUGAUGCAAGAUCACGAAGUGCGAUUAAAUGGGGUGACUCGUCAGCUACCUUGGUCUUUUUCAAAUGGGGAUCAAAAGUUACGCGUCGGAUUUGUUGGUUCCAAUGUGGUGGUCAUCACAGAUUUCGGAGCUGAAAUUUCCUGGGAUGGUUAUCACUACGUUAAAGUGAAACUUACAAAUGAAUACGACAGCAAAACAAGGGGCCUUUGUGGCACCAUAGGAACAGAUAUUCAAUACAUGCGUGAUGGAACAGAGGCAACAAAUGUUAACGACUUUGGGGAUAGCUGGUCUGUAGGAAGUGACUGCGACCCCGCACCUCCACCGCUGGAUGUCACGUGUCCACCUCCAGUGCCUUGUGAGUCCAUAACAGAUCCUGCUGGUCCAUUCGCGAACUGUCAUUCAUCCGUACCACCAGGGCCGUUCUAUUCCUCGUGUGAUUACGACUACUGCCACACGGGGAAGCACUGUCCAAGCGUUCAGGCAUACGCCGACCGUUGUACAGAACAGAAUGUUGAGUUGGGCGACUGGAUCACAGAAACCAAUUGCAAUCAGUGUGAAGAUGGCAAAGAAUAUAGGACUUGUGGGACAGCAUGUCAAAAUACGUGUGUCAACCCCAAUGCCGAGAGGGAGUGUCCAGUCUAUCUGAACAACACAUGUGUUCCCGGGUGUUUUUGUACUGGCGGCAAGAUAUUAGAUGGUUCGGACUGCGUUGAUCCAGAUGAUUGUGGUUGUUUAGAAAAUGGCAUAUCAUAUUCGAUCGGAGAUAAAUGGCAUAGUGAGAAUUGUGAACUAAUAUGUGAAUGUGAAAUUAGAUCAAUUUGGAGUGAUGAACCUGAUGUAUACUGUUUACCUACCGGUUGUGAUGAGUUCGCUACUUGUAUGUUACUUGAUGGGACUUAUGAAUGCAUAUGUAACGAGCCUGAAUAUGCUGGAGAUGGUUAUUCCUGUGAUAAAACUUGUUACAGCCCAGAAGUGCCAGAGAAUGGUUUCAUAGUAGAAAAUACCACUUAUCCUGUGACUACUGGCACUGAGCUUACUUAUGAUUGUAAGUCAGGUUAUGAAUUAUAUGAUCCUAGUACUGAACAAUGCAUAUUGUAUUCGACUACUGUCUGUGAUCAGGGCAAUUGGACUGAACCUGUUCCUGAAUGCAGAGCAUAUUGCACAAACCCGGGCACACCACAAAACGGGUACCAAGUUGGUUCACCAUCAUAUCCUGUGUGUACAGGCACUUCCAUAAUAUUCAAUUGCUCAUAUGCAUACGAAUUAAAAGGUGAGAAGGCAUUGACAUGCAAUGAUGGAGUUUGGGACAAUGACAUACCUAUAUGUGUUCCGCAGUGUGAAAACCCAGGUGAUCCAGACAAUGGUGGACAAAUUGGCAACCACACUUAUCCCUGUUCAAAUCUCACUGAGGUCGAGUUUUAUUGUGAUCUUAGCUAUCAGCUAAUGGACCCUGUUACACUGGAGUGUCUUGAGGAGUACGACACAACAUGUGUUAAUGGCAAUUGGUCACAAGCUGUUCCAUUAUGUCUCCCACAAUGUUCUGACCCAGGAACCCCUAAUAAUGGUAGCCAGACAGUUGUCCAUGAUUAUCCUGUAUGUAGCAGCACUGUUGUUGAAUAUGAGUGUGAUGAACAUUUUAUACUUCAUGAUGAAGAAUCUCUUGAAUGCUUAGAGAGUUUUACAACCACUUGUCAACUUGGUACAUGGAGUAACAACCGUCCCAUUUGUUUACUGGAAUGUGAAGAUCCUGGUGCUCCCUCACACGGUUUUGACACAAGUAAUAACACUUAUCCAGUUUGCUCAGGAACAGAUGCUUCUUUUACGUGUGAACAGCUGUAUGAGCUAAGUGGGCCAUCAACAACAGUAUGCCAUAAUGGUGAGUGGGUUCCAGCAGUACCGGAGUGUGUUCCAAUGUGUAUUAAUCCUGGAAAUCCAGAGAAUGGAGGACAGGUUGGAGUGCCUUGUAAUCCUUGCUCAGAAUCAACAGAAAUAGAAUUCUAUUGUGAUAGCGGGUACCAUCUAAUGGCUGCUAACUUAACAACAUGUCUUUCUGAGUCUUCAACCACGUGUACUGAUGGUAACUGGACAUCACCACUGCCUUACUGUCUUAAAGAGUGUGAUGACCCUGGCAGCCCAGCCAAUGGAAAGCAGGAGUCUACUACUGACUUUCCAGUGUGUUCGAGGACCACAGUCUCAUUCACAUGCGAUGAGAAUUAUGAACUUCAGGGUUCCAAUGUAACCACCUGUUAUGAUGGAGUAUGGAGUGACCCAGUUCCAACGUGUGUUGGUCAAUGUGAUGAUCCAGGUACCCCUGCAAAUGGUAGCCAGGUUGAAGAACAUGACUACCCAGUAAACAAUGGCACAUGGGUGUCAUUCACAUGUGAUGAUGGGUAUGAGCUGCAUGAUACAAAUACAAAAGAAUGUGUUCCAUCCUACAGCUUUAUGUGCUAUGAAGGUAUAUGGCUUGGCGAUCUGCCUGUGUGUCUUGGUACAUGUAGUGAUCCUGGUGUACCAGAAAACGGUCUUGCAGUUGGGAAUUAUACUUUUCCGAUUUGCAGUGGUGCAGUUGUAAAUUACACAUGUGAUCCACUAUUUGAACUACAGGGUGAGUCUGCUUUAACUUGCCUGAAUGGUGAAUGGAGUGCAGAUAUUCCAGCAUGUGUUCCCCAGUGUACUGAUCCACUAUACCCAGAGAAUGGAUAUCAAAUCGGUGAUCAUGAUUACCCAGUUAACAAUGGCACAUAUGUUGGGUUUGCAUGUGAUGAUGGAUAUCAUCUACAUGAUUCAUACACACGUACCUGUCUGGACACAGCGGUAACCCAGUGCAUACUUGGAAAUUGGACUGAACCUCUUCCUGUUUGUGUAGAAGAAUGUGAUGACCCAGGUUCACCAACUGGUGGAAGUCAAAUUGAAAUAUAUGCAUAUCCUGUCUGUUCCGGAACUAAAGUGUUUUUUUCAUGUGACGAAUUUCAUGACAUGCAAGGAUUCAAUGUAACUGUUUGUCAAGCUGGUAACUGGAGCAACCCACUUCCACAAUGUGUACCUCAAUGUUAUGACCCAGGAACACCUAUUAAUGGAGAAAAAACAGAUGAGUAUGUCUUCCCAGUGUCCAAUGGGACAGUAGUCAAUUAUACAUGUCAUGAUGGUUUUCAAUUACACAACUCAAGUUCAUCCGAUUGCAUGGAAUAUAGUGCAACACUUUGCCUUGAAGGAGUUUGGACGCAUGAUGUUCCAUUCUGUGUUGCUGAAUGUGGUAAUCCCGGUACACCAACUAGUGGGUGGCAAGUAGGAAACACUUCUUAUCCUGUUUGUAGUUCAACAACAGUGUCUUUUGAAUGUGAUUAUCUCCACGAAUUGGUUGGAUCACAUACCAUAAUUUGCCAAAAUGGCCAAUGGAAUGAUUCAUCGCCAAACUGUAUUCCACAAUGCACCAAUCCAGGAUAUCCAGAAUAUGGUGGUCAAGUUGGUGACCAUGUGUACCCUGUAUCAUUUGGAACUGAGGUUACAUUCUACUGCAAUGACACUUACCAUCUUCAUGACAGCAAUUCUACAGAGUGUCUUGAUUCUGCAAUCACAAUAUGUAUCAAUGGCAGUUGGGACAUAGAACUGCCAGUUUGCUGGAAAGAAUGUAAAAAUCCUGGAACUCCAGCGAAUGGUGAGCAAGUAAGUGACAACAUAUACCCAGUGUGUACAGGCACAAUGGUGGAAUAUGUAUGUGAUGAUGGCUACGAUUUGACUGGGUCAAAUUCAUCAGUGUGUGCACAUGGAAAAUGGAGUGAACCAUUGCCUCAAUGUGUUGGGAAUUGUCAAGAUCCAGGAACACCUGAUAAUGGCUAUCAAGAAGACAAUUACAGCUACCCAGCAGAAAAUGGCACAGUUGUGGAAUUCGGAUGCAAUGAUGAGUACAAAAUAACAUGCGAGGAAGGCAGGUGGAAUAAUGAUCUACCAACCUGUGUUGGCAAUUGCCAAGAUCCUGGAACACCAGAUAAUGGAUACCAGAAAGAAAAUUACACAUAUCCUGCUGACAAUGGCACUAUUGUUGAGUAUGGAUGUGAUGAAGGUUAUACUUUAUACAAUGAUGAUACGCAAGAAUGUGUCUCAGAAGCAGCAACAAUGUGUCUUGAAGGGAUCUGGUCUCAUGAACUACCGACAUGCCAAGGACUGUGCGACAACCCUGGGAAACCAGAGAAUGGCUGGCAAGUUGGCAAUAAUACGUAUCCCAAAUGCCAUGGAUCUAAUGUUUCAUUUGCAUGUGAAUAUUUGCAUGAGUUAAUAGGGUGCAGUACAUCAACAUGUGAUGAUGGUGAAUGGGAUUGUUCCCUUCCUGAAUGCAUACCACAAUGUCUGAAUCAAGGAAGCCCUGUCAAUGGUUAUCAAGUAAAUGAACCAGAAUACCCAGUUUCAAAUGGAACUAUUGUGGUUUAUGAGUGCAACCAUACAUUUCAUUUGCACGAUCCAGACUCAGGUGUAUGCUUAGAUAAUGCAGGAAGUAGGUGUAUUGAUGGCAUGUGGACUGAACCUGUGCCACUGUGUCUGAAAGAAUGUACUGAUCCAGGAGAACCAACAAAUGGGAAUCAGCUUUCUGUUCAUGAAUACCCUGUCUGUUCUGGUACAACUGUAACAUUUGAAUGUGAUGAUGAAUAUGACAUUCAUGGAACACCUGAAAAUGGGUAUCAAAUAGGGCCACAUGAAUAUCCAGUUACUAAUGGCACAAAUGUCGAGUUUGAAUGCAAUGAUGGAUAUGUUCUAUUUGAUGUGUCAGAAAAAGAAUGCGUGGAGGAAUACAGUACAAUGUGUUUUGAGACUCAUUGGACGAAUCCUGUUCCAAAGUGUGAGCAACCUUGUAAUGAUCCUGGAUAUCCUGAAAAUGGAAGCCAGUUAGGUGAACAACAUUACCCUGUGUGUGUAGGAACUACGGUAGGAUUUGCAUGUGAUGAGCUACAUGCAUUAAUUGGAUUCAAUGAAACUAUGUGUGUGAAUGGAACAUGGAAUAGGGAGACACCUGUUUGUAUUCCACAGUGUCAUGACCCUGGUUCACCAGAUAAUGGUGGACAAGUAGAAGAUUAUGACUAUCCGGUUUUGUCUGGUACAACUGUGAGCUUUUACUGUAAUGGCACAUACAUGUUAUACAAUGCAUCAUCCGAAAGCUGUAUACAAGAAUCACAGACAACUUGCAUCAAUGGAGAAUGGAGUCAACUUGUUCCUGAUUGCAUGGAAGGAUGUAGCGACCCUGGGACACCAGAUAAUGGUACACAAGUUGGUAUUUACUCUUAUCCUGUAUGCACAGGAACUACUGUAACAUUUAUGUGCGAUGAAGACUAUAUGAUUAGUGGUGAUGAAACUAUUACAUGUGACGAAGGCCAGUGGACUAAUCCAAUUCCUGCAUGUGUAUCAGGUUGUGAUGAUCCAGGAAGUCCAGAUAAUGGUGGACAGUUGGAAGACCUGCAGUAUCCAGUAGAAAAUGGAACACAAGUGUCGUAUUAUUGUGAUGAAAACUACACGCUGAUUGAUCCUACAUCUAAUGAAUGUGAAGACGAAUAUGUGACAGUGUGCCUCAGUGGAUAUUGGGAUAAAGCCACACCCCAAUGCAAGAUGGAUUGUGAUGAUCCAGGGGAACCAAAAAAUGGUAGACAGAUCUAUGAUCAAGACUACCCUUGUGAGGAGAACUUUAAUUUAGUUGGUGAAACUACAAUUACUUGUGUUGAUGGCAACUGGUCGCAUGCUGUUCCUCACUGUAGCCCAGGUUGUCCUGAUCCCGGCACACCGGAAAAUGGUCUUCAGAUUGAUGAACAUGUAUAUCCAGUAGAUACGGGAACAGUUGUUAGAUUCUGUUGUGAUUCCGGUUAUGAUUUAUAUGGAGAACGAGCAACAAUGUGUCAUCAUGAUGGAAGCUGGUCAGAUGAACCGCCACUGUGCCUCGGACGUUGCGUUGACCCUGGUGCCCCUGAGAAUGGAUAUCAUCUGGUUGAGUUAAAUUACCCUGUGAAAAGUAAUACAACAACAAGUUUUGGUUGUGAUACGGGAUACUCGUUACAUGGACCCGGUGGGAGUAGAUGUGAGAAUGGAGAGUGGCAACCAGCAGUAGAUGACACAUUUUGCGCAGAGAUAAAGGAAUGCUGCAGUAAUCCAUGCCAGAAUGGCGGAACGUGCAUUGAUGGCACAGACAGAUAUGAUUGUAUCUGCCCUGUUGGAUAUCAAGGAGUAAAUUGUGAAAGUGAAUAUUCGGUAUGUUAUGUCUGGGGUGAUCCACACUACAUCACGUAUGAUGGUGUCAAGUAUGAAUUCCAAGGUCCAUGCUCAUAUAUGCUAACUGAGAGUGUUUCAAGUACUAUGACAUCUUUUAAAGUAGUAUCCAUCAAUCAGGAUUGGAUGACGGCCCUAGACGAGAAAGUCAGUGUCACUACGGAACUCAUUGUCAUCGUGUAUGGAACGGAAGUGCGCCUCAUGCAGGAUAAGGUUGUAGAAGUGAAUGGAGAAAGGGUAGCCCUCCCCUACCAACCAAAUCUAGGGAUUGACAUCAGGAUUACUGGCAGAUACGUUACACUGACAACAGAUUUCGGGAUGACAGUGAGAUGGGACGGUGUUCAUUUUGGUGAUGUGAAGUGUCCUGGUUCCUAUAAAAAUACACUUCGUGGUCUAUGUGGCAAUUACAAUGACAACCCAGAUGAUGAUUUUAUUGACCCUGAAGAUCGCUUGAUACCAACAACCCUUGACCACACUCACAGAGCAGCUAUGUUUGGAAACACUUGGGUUGUCAAUGGUGAUGAGUGCACUUCAAAUGCAGCUGGAUGUAAUCCCUGUGCCAAUGAUAUCGAUACGGCUGAAAAGGCACAUGAAUUGUGUGGAUUUUUGAUAGAUGACAAGGGUCCAUUUGCAAGUUGUCAUAGCACAAUCGAUCCUGUGGAUUUUUUCAUUGCCUGCAUGUUCGAUACCUGCUCAAAGCUCCCAGAUACCCGAGGUUUGUGUAUGAAUGGGGAAGCAUAUGCACAAGUCUGUCUGGAUAAUGGAAUUGCAAUAUCCUGGAGAACAGAACAGCUCUGUCCUCUAAUGUGCAAAGAAGGUGAGGAGUACAACGUGACAGUUUCUGCUUGUUUGAAGACAUGUCAAAACACUUAUCCUUACCACUCUUGCCAAGAACCCAGACUUGUGGAUGGAUGCACCUGUCCCUAUGGUGAAGUAUUCAACUACAAGGGGGAAUGUGUGACUGGUGAAUACUGUGGGUGUUUAGUGGAAAGCCGUUACCUACCGUACAUGGAAUCAUUCGUCCGAGAACAGUGCGAUGAAGAGUGCACAUGUGUUCAUACAGAUCGCUUAGACUGUGUGGCUGUACGGUGUCAUCAUCAAGCAUACUGCGGUGAAAAAGAUGGGCGACACGGAUGCCAUUGUCAUGAUGGUCUUGGUGGAAAUGGUUACUCAUGCUAUGGUAGCGUCCUAAUUUAA